AUGUGCUCCAUGUGCCGAAUAAACCCCACCCACGCGCUUCCACGCCACUCCAAACGCGACUUCCCGCUCACGCGCCGAAACAGAGAGAGAAAAAAAGAGAAGAAAUCCACGUCUCUCUUUCUUUCGGAAAAACUCGUCCCGGGGUUUAAGCAUUAUUUUCGCACAAAUGGGGGGAGUGCCGGUUCCGAGUCAGAUGUUUCUGUGGAGCAUCGCGGGCAUUUAUUUAUUCGCCUUCGCGUCUCUCUACAUCCAGAUACCAGGUUUAUAUGGGGAGAAUGGUGUAAAGCCCGUGCAUUUACCCAGAGCAGAAACACCUCUCCUGGAGAAGCUGCAGGAGACCCCGUCCCUCCUGUGGCUGGCUCCAUCCCUGGGCAUCGGUCCUCAGCAGGGUCUGGAGCUCAUCUGCCUCCUGGGGGGGCUGCUAAGCCUUGGAGCUGUGCUGCUGAGUGGCCUGAGAGACAGUCUGGUUUACCUGUGCCUUUGGGUGCUUUAUCUUUCCCUGUACACUGUUGGGGGGGAUUUUCUUACCUCAGAGUGGGACAGCCUUCUCUUGGAGGCAGGUUUCCUCGCUUUCCUGGUCGCUCCGUGUGGUUUCCUGCGACGCUCCAGUGCUCCUCAUGAUUCUGUGACCUUCUGGUUGACCCGCUGGUUGCUCUUCAGACUUGUGCUUUGCACUGGAGUGAGCAAGCUGGCCAGUGGUGACCCAUGCUGGUGGGACCUCACAGCACUGAGUCGCUAUUAUGACACCCAAGCAAGCCCCACCCCCUUGGCCUGGUACGCCUAUCAGCUUCCUAAUUGGCUGUCGAGGCUCGGUGCAGUUUGCAUAUUGGCAGUUGAGAUUGCCGUUCCUCUCCUUAUGUUCUUCAUUCCUGUUCGUGGAUUAAGAAUCAACGCCUUUUCCAUACUAGUGGUUCUCCAGCUGUGUAACAUUCUCUUGGGUGGCUGCAGUCUGUUCCACCUGCUGACCAUUGCACUGAGUUUCUCUCUGCUGGACGACGAGGUGUUCGACUGCACACCAGUCCCCAAGAAAAAGCCCAAGACUAAGACUUGGGGCCAGUUUUUGCUCUCAAGUCUGAGCUUUCUCUUCAGACUGGCUGUCCACCUCCUUAUUAUUUUCAGUGUAAUAAAGUUCUUCAAGCUGGAGAUCGAUUGGGGAAAGAAGAUUGUGACGUCUAAACCGACUUUUUCCCAAAAAAGCUUUAACGAGUUUGUGAGCCAGAUCCAGGUUCCUAGCAUUUGGAUCGGAGUGCUUUCUCUGACUUGGGAAGUUGUAGCUGCCCUGCUUAAGUGCUGGUAUGUACGAGGAAUCCUGGCCAAGCUGUGGGCGCUCAUCCAGUGGGCCACGUUCACUGCCGCCACUUUAGGGGUUUUCACCAUCAGCCUUGUCCCGUACACUGCGCUGGCAGGAAUGUCCAGCAGUAAGCUCUUACCCGAGGUGAGGGAAGCCUUUGAAGCUGUAGAGAAGUUUCAUCUCGUCAGUUCAUACGGCAUUCAGCACAGAAUGAUUCCUCCUGCAGGACGACCCGAGAUCGUCAUCGAAGGCAGCGCGGAUAAGAAAACAUGGGCGGAGAUAAGCUCCAUGUAUAAGCCCGGUGUUACGAGUGCAGUUCCUGCAGUGCUUGGGCCUUAUGAGCCACGCCUAGACUGGAAGCUGUGGGAAGCUGCUCUAGAAAUGCAUGACCAGAAUCUCUGGUUUACAGGCUUGAUCCAGCGCCUGUUGGAGGGCAACCAGGACGUGGUGAAUCUGCUGCAGGUGGAUAAAGCUCAGUAUCCCUUCAGCUCCAAACCUCCAGCUUUUAUCAGAGCUAAGGUCUACCACUACCAUUUCACCCAAACUUCUGAAAACGGCAAAACAGAAGCGCUAACGUGGUGGAAACGGCAGUAUGUGAGGGACUACUUUCCCACAGUGCACUUGGGGGACCCUGCACUUGAAGAGUUGCUGAGUGAGGCUGGACUUAAGGAGGACUUCCCAGUCCAGCCCGCUUCAGACACACCUCUCUCACAGGCUCUGAAUGUGCUCCAAACCCAGACCAAGGGUCUUUCUGGACACCUUCUGACCUUAAGCCUGUUUGCCUCAGUGGCAUCCAUCCUCUUCAUCAAAGCCCUGUUCUCUCGGAAGAGGAGAACCGAAGGCGUAAAAACCAGGCCUGCUCCAUCCGAACAGAGGAGUAAGAAAUCCAGAGACCACACCGAACACUCCGAGAAAAACCGCGGUCCCUCCGGCCGAGGAGGCAGGAAGGAGAACUCGGACGAGAGGAAGCCAGACUCUGACAAAAGCCCACGCAAAAGGAAGUGAGCUUCCCGUCGCAACAUCCGGCUGGAAGAUGAACUAUUAAUUCUCAGGUGUAUUCUGCCAUCCAAUUCUAUACGUUAAAUUAUUUUUCUAGCCCCCCCACCCCACCCCACAUUAACAAAGUGUUAUUUGGUCAAAUAAGAACAGAUUGCAGGUCUUUAUCAUGUACACUGUAACAAAACCAGGGCUUUGAAUGGACAAUGUGUGGUUUGUCUGUCUUUUUUUUUUUUCUUUUCAUUCUAAGGGCUUCAAACUCUAGCACUUUCCCUGGUAACCCUGUCUGUCAUGGCUUAAGAAUUGGUUUGAAAUUGGUGGUGGUGUUAAUAUUUUUAUAGGAUCUUUUCAGGCAGUUUGUACAUCGUCUUGGGAAAUCACAUUCAGCUAAGGAAAUAUUGUUGAGAUGUGUGCGUUUGUCCCAUGAUCAAAUUAAAGUGUGAUGUUUCAUAA